CUAACUUGCAGAUGGCAACACUGGUAUGCGAUUUUUGUUUAUAAAAUAAAUACGUUUUAAAGAGUCUACGCAUAAAAAUUGCCAUGAAAAUUACAAUAAAGGUGCUCAAAGGCAAAGAUUGUACACUUGAGGUGUCACCGACUUCCACCAUUCUGGAAGUAAAAGAACAAAUAGAAGCCGCACUACAAAUACCCGCCACAAAUCAGAAGCUCCUUCUGCUUGGCAGACCUCUGAACAAUGACCACACAAUUGCAUCCUAUCCAAAUAUCAAAGAGGGCACCAAGAUUAACCUGGUCGUCAUGAAACCUGGGCUGCGCGACUGCAUCCAUCGAGCCUUUCGCAAAUACUAUACGGAAGCGCAAUCCGAACGGCUGACCAACGAAUUCAUGACUGAUUUUGAGGCAAAGUUGAAAGAACAGAGCUUGGACGAUUUGGAACGCUUUGCUGAUAAUUGUUUAUAAAACUGACGACGCUAUGCUGAUAAAGCUAUUAACAUAAUAUCGCAAAGAAGAAAACAGAUUUUACUCGAUUUAUAUUAUUUGUUGCCCAAGCAUUAUUGUAGUAAAAAAAAAAGAAUGUCGACUGAAUUUAUU